AUGAAAGUUCAGCAACUUAGAAACCACAUUUCCUUGGCAAAUCCUAGUAUUAUUAACCCUCAAUGUUCAAUCCAAUAUUUUGUGACUGUUGCUAAUGCUGUUGGCAUACUAGACGAUUUCCCAAAUAACUUUGAUUUCAUCGAUGGAGAUGUCGACUCACCCCUUCAAAACUCUCAACAAUUGUCCUUAUUUUCAAGCCCACAAGAAGUUGUUCAGGGAGAUACUGAAUUCUCCACGGAGGGUCAAAAAUUACGUGUCUCUAAUCCCUAUCUCAAAUUCCUUCAAGAUCAGCUCAUGGAAGAAACAAGCGUUACUGAUCUUCUUCUCAUGGGAGCUGAACCUAUUGAAGCUGGAAUUCUUGAUCUUGCUUCUACAGUUAUCUUGAGGCUAAAUAAAAUCCUUUUUGAUCAAGAAAAUAGAGAAAGUUCCCCUGUUGAAAGAUUGGCUUUGUAUUUUACACAAGGCUUGUUAUGCAAGACCUUGAAAAAUUCAUCUAAAUUGUUGAAUCAGAAUCAAUAUCAACCAUUGCCUUCAAUAACCGAGUUUCAAAUGCUUCAAGAAAUCUCCCCUUAUGUGAAAUUUGCUCAUUUCACCGCAAAUCAAGCGAUUCUUGAAGCCACACAAGGAAGCCAACAAGUUCAUAUAUUGGAUUUUGAUAUCAUGGAAGGCAUCCAAUGGCCUCCAUUGAUGGUUGAUUUGGUUGAAAGAGGAGAUUUAAAUUAUUCUUUAAGGAUUACAACAGUUGUUGGUGACAAGAAUAAUUAA